GUUGGUAGUAUUCAGCAUCCGAGGAUCGCUAUGACGGAAGUCAAAGCAUCGCGUGGACAUUGGGCAUCGAAAACAGAGUUCAUCCUAUCAUGCAUUGGCUAUGCGAUUGGGCUAGGCAAUGUGUGGCGUUUUCCAUACCUUUGCUAUCGGAACGGUGGUGGAGCAUUUCUUGUGCCGUACUUGUUGAUGCUGGUUCUGUGCGGCAUACCGCUGUUCUUUCUGGAAACGUGUCUCGGGCAGUUUAGUGGAACCGGGUGUAUAACGGUGUUCCAGAUCGUUCCACUGCUCAAGGGUGCCGGUAUCGCGAUCGUGGUGAUUAACUUUAUCUGCACUGCGUACUACAGUGCCAUCAUAUCCUACCCGUUGGUGUUUCUGUGGCGAUCGUUACAAGCACAUCUUCCUUGGGAAACGUGUGAUAAUGCUUGGAAUACGGAUCGAUGUUUGGAACUUCGUGGUGAACAACAGGUGGAGUUGUUUCUCAAUAACAGUGCACUCAGUGUGGCGGAUCGGUAUCGUACACCGGCGGAUGAGUUUUUCCACAAUGAAAUUCUUCACAUCUCGGACGGUAUCGAACACAUGGGACGGUUUGUGAAGCCACUCUUAAUAUGCGAUAUCAUUGUCUGGAUAGUUGUAUUUUGCUGUAUCGCAAAAGGUGUUCAAUCGGUCGGUAAGGUUGUCUACUUUACGGCGACAUUCCCAUUCGCAAUCCUUGCGGUGCUGCUGGUGCGCGGUGUGACACUACCGGGAGCGUUGGAAGGCAUCAAGUUCUACAUUAUGCCAGAGUGGAGUCAGCUGUUAAAUCUGCGCGUGUGGGCAGACGCAGCUAUACAAAUUUUCUUCUCGCUUGGUCCUGGCUGGGGUGGGAUUGUGAAUAUGGCGAGCUACAAUCACUUCAAAAACAACACAAAGAUGGACUCGAUCAUCAUACCGAUCGUUAACUGUGGGACAAGCAUUUUGGCUGGCUUUGUGGUGUUUUCUGUGUUGGGAUACUUUUCACAUCAAACAGGUCUUCCAGUAGCGACGGCUGCCACCGGUGGUCCAGGCUUGGCUUUCAUCACGUAUCCGGAGGCGAUCAGUAUGCUGCCACUAUCACCACUGUGGGCGUGUCUGUUUUUCAGUAUGUUAUUUUUUCUUGGUGUUGAUAGUAUGUUCGUCCAAAUAGAAGCCAUCGUUUCUUCGGUGCUUGAUGUCUUUCCCGUGUUGCGCUCCAUGAAGCUUCUAAUAACGGGUGGAACAUGUUUUCUUCUCUUACUGAUGUCUUUGGCCUGCGUCACACAGGGUGGAAUGUAUCUGGUGCAGCUGCUGGACUGGUAUUCGGCGUCAAUUUCGGUGAUACUGGUUUGCAUUGUAGAGGUCAUUGCCGUUGCAUGGAUUUACGGAUGUGACAGGUUUGUUCGCGAUGUCGAAUUCAUGAUCGAGCGUAAGGUGGAACGAUUUUGGAUAGUGUCAUGGAAAUUCAUAACACCAAUCGUACUGACGUUUAUAUUCAUCACUACAAUCGUGUACAAUACUGAGGUGUCUUACAAUGGAUUAUCGUACCCUCGAUGGGCUAUAGGAGUCGGUUGGGCAAGUUGUUUGGUAUCAAUGCUUUGCAUUCCAGCAUUUGUAAUUUAUAAGCUGAUUCGCACAAAAGGACCCUUAAUGAAGCGUUUUAAGAAUCAACUAAAACCACAAGAUUGGGGCCCAGCCGAUGCUUAUCAACGCGCAAUGUGGAGCGAUAAUGUUGAACACGUUCAGUAAAAUAA